AUGUCUUCUAGCUGCAAAACGUUACCUUUGUACUCUAAAUCAGAGUUUGAAAAGCACGUUAAACCCAACCAGUGUUGGGUCAGUAUUGAUCAGAGGAAGAUCUACAAUGUUUCGAAGUUCUUGGAUGAAAAUCCAGAGGGAUAUCAAUAUGUUUUGGAUCAUGCCGGCCAAGAUGUCACUCAGUUGUUAAAAGACAUGCAGACCGAUGAACCAACUGAUUUAGCUCAUCAGCUUUUAUCCGAUGCUUACUUGAUAGGGUAUUUGGCAACGAGUGAAGAGGAGAGGAAAUUGUUGACCAACGCUAACCAUGUUGUAGAAGUUAAGCCAGCCAACGGUAACAGGGUGGAUUCAGGUUUUGUGAAGAAAUUGCCAACAGAGGAGAAAUUAGCCAUUGCGACAGACUUUAAAACUGAUUAUGAGAAGCACCAUUUUUUAGAUUUGGACAAGCCUUUGUUUAUGCAGGUGUUGUUCGGUAACUUUACGAAGGAGUUCUACAUUGAUCAGGUUCACAGGCCACGGCACUACGGGAAGGAAUCUGCUCCCUUAUUUGGUAACUUCUUGGAACCUUUAUCUAAGACUUCUUGGUGGGUCAUACCAAUCGUCUGGUACCCGUGUGUCAUUUAUUACAUCAGAACGGCUCUACUCAACAUAUCCACCCCUUUGGCUUUGUUUUUGUUUGGUGUUGGUGUCUUUGUAUGGACAUUAAUUGAAUACGGACUACACAGAUUUUUGUUCCACUUUGAUGAUAGGAUGCCCGAAUCUAAUAUUGUCUUUACUCUUCAUUUCUUACUACACGGUAUCCAUCACUAUUUGCCUAUGGAUAAGUACAGAUUGGUUAUGCCUCCGGCCUUGUUCUUGGCCUUGUGUUACCCUUUCUACAAACUGGUGUUUUCUAUUUUGCCUUACUACUGUGCUUGUGCUGGUUUUGCUGGAGGGUUAUUUGGCUAUGUGGGCUACGAUGUCACGCACUACUUCCUUCACCAUCGCAAACUACCACCGUUCAUGAGAAAGUUGAAGAAAUAUCACCUAGAACAUCAUUACAAAAACUAUGAACUUGGAUUUGGUGUGACUUCUUGGUAUUGGGACAAAGUGUUCAAUACAUACUUGAGUCCGACUGCACCUUUAUCCAGGGCGAAAUAUGACUGA